GUCGGCCAGUUGUUCCCACAAAUGAUCCCGCCAACAAAUACACUUUUGGGUUCAUCGAUUAGUCGCUUACUUCCAAAGGAUUCCGCAAAGAAUUUGGCGAAGGAUGUCUUCCGAGCAGUUCAUCCGGCUGCCGAGAAUGUUGAUGUUGCUCGCAUGAUGGGUCGCUGGUUUCAAGUGAUCAACAGUCCACACGUUAUUCGAGAAGCAUGUACUGUCUCACACUUUGGUGCACUAACAAAUAAUACAUACAGUGCAACAUUCACGAUACUCAAAUUUUACCGUGAAGGGAAUGCAAAUGGACCACCACGGUUCUCGCUUGGCUAUGGCUUCAAAGCAGGCGACACCGGCCAGUUCGUUCUCCACAACAGCAAUUCACCUGAUUCCGAACCAUUUUGGGUGAUUAAAAAGGGCCCGCUGAAUGAGUACAACCAGUACGAUUAUGCGAUUGUUUCAAAUUGGGUCCGGUUUCCAGUUUUUGUAAUUGCACGAGAUCCAGAACGAUUUCGCACAGAGCAUAUGCGAAAUGUGUUGCAGUUUCUGGAGGAUAAUAAUUAUAUAAAUGUGAUGACGAAAGCUUUCAAUAUGAUCUCUCCGGUGGACUACAGCCAGUGUCAGUACACGCCAACAUUCUCAGGCGCCGGGCGCUAA